AUGGCCGUUCCGCUAAGACACCCACGGCCCAUGACGGCGGCUGAGGUGUAUCUGGAGUGCGAGAAGGAGCAGGAAGCUGUGGUCAACCGUCUCACGCGUGAACUGACUGCUCUACGAGCCCAGAACGCGUCAGUCGCCUCCAACACCUCCCAAUCCUCAACUUCCACCUCCGCCUCGCUGCUGCCUGUCGACAUCUCCGACCCAAAUCCAGCCCACCAGCUUACAGGAGCAACACACCCCACACCCUCCCGCAGGCACAGAUCCUCAAGCUCGCUCAGCACACGAAGCAUGAACACUCCCUCUACAACCGCGUCCGUCGCCAAUAGCGGCAUCACCAACACCUCCACCCAAACGCAAGCAGGAAGUACUGUCAGCCACCCCAUCGGCAGCGUCUCGCAAGCAUCCGCAGACCGUGCAGCAGCAGCAGGAAGUCUCAGCCGUCAGCCUUCAAUAUCAGCAUCAGGCAACUCCACACCAGCAAGACAAUCCCUCGAUAUCCCACGUCCCGCCCAAUACACCCUCCCCCACCGCCCAUCCAUCUCCCGGGACCACUCCUACGCCUCCCAAACCACAGCAGCCUCCUCCAGCGCCGCUCACGCAGGCACACCACACCCGCAAUCCCCAGUCCAGAACUUCACCACCCCGCACUACACCGACACCGCCGCCUACCGCUCCGAAAUGGAACUCGUCAAGGUCGAGAACGAGAACCUCCGUCAGCGCGUUCGCGCACUCGAGCGAGCUCUGCAGGCCAGGAGACGGGAUAGUAGCACCUCCGACGUCACGCGGCCUGAUCUUAGCAGCAGCACCACACGCCGGACUCGAGACAGGGACUCGAUGAAUCCAGCGAGUCCGCCGAUGAGCAGUCCAGAUUCGAGAGCAACGUUCGGGGGCGUGCCGGCUGGUGUGGCGGCGUGGGCGGCGGGUGAUGGUGGGGUAGGUGGUGUGGCGCCGCCGAGGGAGAGGAGCGAGAGUCAGAGUACGACGGCGAGUUCGAGGAGGGGGUUACCCGCGGAGGAUGAUGUGAGGUUGGGGGAGAGUGCUGGGAGCGUGGGGAUCGGGAGGGGUGCGUAG